AUGUCCGAAUCAGCUCCUGCCAAUAUCACCUCGCGGAUGGCCAAGUUGAAUCCUUUCUCGAAGUCAAGGCGUGAAGUUGAUGAUGAAGAUGUAGGAGAAGAGAUCGAUUCUACGACUGUUGCUGGAGGCGGCCACAGCGCUCGCAAGAGCGAUGUCACCAAGACCCAACUUAAAGUGAGCCGAGCCAUCAGAUCGUUUCUUAUUGAGGAGAAGAUCCUCUCAAAACGAGAGGCCGACCUCGACUCGGAGCAUCUGAGUGACGGAUUAAAAGCGUUACUCAACAAGCCGCAUAUCAACGUCCCAAAAGAAAUCACCGACAGGGGCCACCCACUUCCCGACUACUUCAUCAGUUCAAGCCACAACACCUAUUUGAUGGCUCAUCAGCUCUAUGGCACUUCAUCCGCUAGUGCUUAUGAGACCGCACUUACCGCGGGCGCACGCUGUGUGGAAAUCGAUGCAUGGGAUGACGAUCAAAAUGAAGAUGAACCCAAAGUCACUCAUGGAUACACACUCGUGUCCAAUAUCCCCUUCCGUGCUGUGUGUGAAACCAUCCGUGAUGUCGUUGAUAAGGAAGCUGCAGAAUCCAUCAAUGCUCAAGGAUAUCGGGCGGCUCCAAUUUUGCUGUCUCUCGAAAACCAUUGCGAUGCCCAUGGUCAACUUCGUCUGGUCCAAAUUAUGAAAGAGAUUUGGGGCGACAGGCUUCUUAGCUCAGCUGUCAGACAGAAAGGGCACGAGGAGCAGCAGGGUACCGGUGAUCACGUUCGCCUGGAUGAACUAGGUUCUAGGAUCGCCGUUAUAGUUGAGUAUCAUCUUCCAGAUGAGCAGGAUGACAGCAGCGAUUCGAGCUCUGAAUCAGAGAAUGACGAGGAGAAAAGCGCACGGAAGGAGUAUAAAGACAAAAAGAAAGCUGCUGUCUCGACAAUCAUCCCUGAGCUUGCGGAACUAGGUGUCUAUGCUCAAUCAGUGAAGCCUGCAGACAAUUCAUGGUAUGAUAAAGUUGAGCUCACGAACAGUCCUCAUCAUCCCUUGAUCAACCUCUCGGAGUCCGGCCUGGUAUCGCAUAUGCCGACACACAACGACAAAAUCGCCAUCAACAAUUCACAACAUCUGAUGCGCGUCUAUCCAAAAGGCACUCGCAUCUCGUCAAAGAACUUGAAGCCAGUCCCUUUCUGGGGAGUUGGCGCCCAGAUAUGUGCACUCAACUGGCAGACAUUUGGAGCGAGUAUGCAGCUGAACGAAGCCUUAUUCAGUGGCUCCGAUGGGUUUGUGCUCAAGCCAGCAGCAAUCCGAGCUGGCGGGAAUGGCAAGCUGAAUACAGGCCGAAAGAGGCGAUUGCGACUCCAUCUCGCAGGGGCAACAGAUGUUCCAAUCCCGGCCGACCGUCAGGCAGACGAUAUCAAGCCCUACGUGACUUGUUCACUUGUACAUCCAGAUGACCUCGAGGACAAGCCGCAGAAGAAGAAGACAGCUGGAUACAAGCAACACAAGCUUGGCCUUCUUCACAGAGGCGAGAAUCCACCUCCAACAGACCCCAUCUGGAACGAGAAGCUUGAAUGGAAUUAUGAUGACAACGAGCUGGUGUUCCUUCGUAUCAUCUUGAAGAGCGAUGAUAGCUUUGCCAGGAACCCUAUCUUCGCUGUCGCAGCAGUCCGCCUUCUCUACGUGGCGCCUGGUUGGAGAUUUAUCCGAUUGCUGGAUUUGAAAGGAAGAGAAACAAGCUGCACUCUGCUUGUGAAAUUCGAGUUUGAGGAUAUUUGA